GUCACUUUCUUAACGCGAAUCCGCCAUUUUGUACGUAGCUGGCGGUGAUUCGGGGUUCGCUUUCCCGGCUAAGUGUUUAUUGCGUGAAAAACCUGGAAAACUUCGUUCAAUUGCCUUCUCCAAUUGACUUUAGGCGAUACUGACAUUGUAGUGAAUAAAAUUUGCGUCGGUACAAAGUGCUAUCGUGAUUUGUGAGUGCACUGUAAUUGGAGCGCGUGGCUGGUUACUCUUUGUUGUUGGAUUCGGCGUAAAAUAGGUCAUUGCCGGAGCAGAAAGCAGUUUGGACAACACACAGUGUAAAGUGCGGGAGGUGUGUGUGCGUGACGGCCUCGCCGUAGUGUGUGCCAGUGCUGUCGGUGUAGUGUCAGUGUGUGCACGGUGUACAGUGACAGUGUGUGUGUGCGUACGCGCGUCCGAAGUGGCGCCGGCGCGAGAGUCACCUCGAUGCAGGUGCGUCGAUGGAUCGGUGAUCGCGAUCUGACUACAUCGCUAGAGCAGCGCUGGUAAAAUGAGCGCAGCGCGGCCGAGAACGAUUUGCCAACCCUAAUGAAAUUAAAAUUGUGACGCGCUGCGGAGCGGUGGUUAAAGCGGCUCUGCCGCUUUAAAUGGAUAAACGCAAGAUGCUGCCAAAGAGAGCGCGUAUGGAUAGUAUGCGGGGUCCAAUCGCCAAUGGACCCCUGCAGUCAAGGCCCCUCGUGGCGUUACUUGACGGCCGGGAUUGCACCGUGGAGAUGCCGAUACUGAAGGACGUGGCGACGGUCGCGUUCUGCGACGCGCAGUCCACAUCGGAGAUACACGAGAAGGUGCUCAACGAGGCGGUGGGCGCUCUCAUGUGGCACACCAUCAUACUUACCAAGGAGGACCUAGAGAAGUUCAAGGCGCUGCGAAUCAUAGUGCGCAUAGGCUCCGGCGUCGACAAUAUAGACGUUAAGGCCGCUGGAGAAUUAGGCAUAGCUGUAUGUAAUGUGCCAGGCUACGGCGUGGAAGAGGUAGCGGACACGACGAUGUGUCUCAUAUUGAAUUUAUAUCGACGGACAUACUGGCUCGCCAACAUGGUGCGAGAAGGAAAAAAAUUCACAGGCCCGGAGCAGGUGCGCGAGGCGGCGACGGGCUGCGCGCGCAUCCGCGGCGACACGCUCGGCAUCGUGGGGCUGGGUCGCAUCGGCUCGGCGGUGGCGCUGCGGGCCAAAGCGUUCGGCUUCAACGUCAUCUUCUACGACCCCUACCUGCCCGACGGCAUCGAGAAGUCGCUCGGCCUCACCAGGGUCUACACGCUGCAGGACCUCCUAUUCCAGAGUGACUGUGUGUCAUUGCACUGCAGCUUAAAUGAACACAAUCAUCACCUUAUCAACGAGUUUACUAUUAAACAGAUGCGCCCAGGCGCGUUUCUGGUAAACACGGCGCGCGGCGGGCUUGUCGACGACGAGGGCCUCGCGGCGGCGCUCAAGCAGGGCCGCAUUCGUGCCGCCGCGCUCGACGUGCACGAGAACGAGCCCUUCAACGUCUUCCAGCAGGGCCCCCUGAAGGAGGCGCCCAACGUGCUGUGCACGCCGCACGCGGCCUUCUACUCGGACGCGUCGGCGCAGGAGCUUCGCGAGAUGGCCGCGUCGGAGAUCCGGCGCGCCAUCGUGGGCCGCAUCCCCGACUGUCUGCGCAACUGCGUCAACAAGGACUACUUCCUGCCCGGCGCCGCGCCCGUGCUGGCGCCGCCAGCGCCGCCCAUCCCCGCGCCGCAGCCGCCGCCCAGCACCUACAGCGAAGGCAUGAAUGGCGGGUACUACGGCGGCGGCGGCGCGCAGGCGGCGCACUCCACGACGGCGGUGCACGAGGCGCCCGCGCUGCCGCCGCAGCCCGCGCCGCAGCCGCCGCCGCAGCAGCCGCCCAUCACCCUCCCAAUCAACACUUCGGACCCGGCUAACCACCAGAUGAAGCAAGAGAGCUCCGACGUCCACUAGGCGACACGCUACGUUGCAGUACCGUCAGCGCCGAGCAAAACAAACAAACAUACAAACAAUAGUUUUAUUGAUUCCAUCGCAACUAUGUCAUAAGUACCUACGUCGUAAGCCAACGAGUGAUAUCAAGUGGACCGACGUUUGCAUACGCAUGCCUAUUAGUUUAGUUCCCGAAACUAUUCAGCCGAAACAUGUCAACGUCAGGAGGGGCUGACACCAGCCAUGGCGAGACUCGGACUGGUCCUGUCUGGAUUAUAUGCAAACUAUGUCGGUAUGUUUUGGCUACCCUACAAACUGCUAUGGCAAGCGAUGCAUUAUUGCAUGUUCCAGCAAUUUGUUCUGCGGUAAUCCUCCAGAACGUACUCCUAAAGCUAUAUUUAAAUACGCCUUUAUAAGUGUAAAAGACAUUUAAUAAAAAAUAUAAAGUGAGAAAAGGGAGCGUACAAAAUAAUAAAUGUAGCUUUAUAGUGCAUGUAUUGAAUGUGAAAGACUGUGUUGGGGGUGUUUUGAAUAUUUUGCAAAUCUAUUGUCCAACAGACUCCGCUUACGGACUUUGAAGUAUAUUUGAUGUGUAUAAGUGAAGCGUGUUGGUGCAAACGUCGUUUGAGCGAAUAGUUGAUUCUGUGUUUGUAUUUGGUAAGUUGGGACAGCUAUAUUAUAUACUGUUAUAAUUGCGUGCAAAUAUCGCGGGCCGAUGUAUGUGUGUAGAGUGAAGGGGCGAUGUUUCGAACGUACUAUAGUAUGAUGGAAUUGAAAUAUUAUUAUGUUAAAGGUAUGAUUUGGAGGAACGCUGGACUGCAGACAGCAGUUUGAAACACAACAGCAGUAUUUAGAAUUCCUUGAACUCUAAAAUGAAAAUCAGCAAUUUUCAUGUGACGGGGCAUUGACCGAGUUGAUUGACCGCUCUUGUUCGAUCUCAUUUAGCGGAUCGUUUGGGUGAGGGCGUUGAGUGGCGGAUUUGCAAUAUUUUUUAGUUUAUUUACCCAUAUAGACGUGCAAUAAAUCGGUUAAAGAGAGGUUUGAUAUAUAUUCAAAUUGUUAUUCAAGCUCAAAACGUAGUGUUGUACGUCCGCAAGCAGUUCUGGCGGCGAACUCAAAAUAAAAAAUUCACAUCGAAUUACGUUUACACAGACACACUCAGGAGUCAGGACUGCUGUCAGCGGUAUUACUGCUGCUAACUGCUGUCUGCAGCGUUCCUGAAAGUCAUACUGUAAAUCUACUUAAAUUGUAAGAAUUAUAUUUUUUUUUUUAGUAUACGAAAAUUUUUACUAAGUGGAACAUGUUAUAAAUUCUAUUCAAACGAAUACCUAAUGCUUUGCUUGUGUAAUGGUAGAAACACAAUAUGUCCAACACUCCUGAUUCUACAGUCCGACAUAAGAAAGGUGUUGGUAAACACUGACCAAUGUCCGGAAUACGCAUUAUGUGUUGACAAUAAGUCCAUAACUACUUAAGUGCGGAUGAAGUGGCCAGUGGUUAAGUUAUGUUAGUGCUUUCGAAAAAUACAAAAUACUAAACUGAUUUGACUCAACACUCUUGGCGUCACGUAGUGGGUGCGGGUGUUGUACAAUGUGUUUCUACCAUUAGGCAGUUAGGGGAUGGAUGUUUUAUAGCUUUUAAUGCAAAACUUUCUGUAUUUUGUAAUUAUACAAAUACUAAAAUUAGUAUUUCCUGUAAAUGUAGAUUUCUCUAUAUUCUAUCAAUAUAUGGUCUAUUCAGCCAAUGCUUUAUUAAUUUUCAUAGUCAGUGAAAUGAAUAAUAGCAAACACUUAUUUUGACAUAGAAAGUUUUGCACUAAAUACGAUCGUAUUAUUAUGAGAUGUACAUAAUUAUUAUGGUUUUGAUUGAGUUUUUAUAGAAAAGUUAUGACUCAAUUAGAAAGACAGGUCGUAACAUACGCGACGAUUCAAUUUAACGUCAAAAACAAAUUUGCGACGAAAUUUCGGGAUAUGGGUGUCGUAGUUUUAUACGAAGCGCGUUAAGUUCCCACUCUUUUCUAUGUUGUGUCUCGUUACGUAUGCUAUUACUUUUCUGGUAGAAAAAUAUUGGGAACACCCACCCCACGUGACGCCACGCGUGUUGAGUCAAAUAAAUUAGUAUUUUUUGUAUGCCCAGAAACACAAAUACAACAAACUUGUCGCAACGCGAGUACACGCAAACGGUAAUCAUAAUCUGUCGUUUAUGGUCAUUACGAAGCGUGUUUUCGGGUGUCGGCCAGUGUGUUUCUAGGUGACACCCGACGGUACGCGUUUUUCGUUCCACGUUGCUGGUGUGGGAUGGGAUCGCUUGGCGUCCAAAACACGUUGCGUUGAGUGAGGUGUUUGUUAAGUCAGAACUAAUAUCCUAGGGCUUGAAAACCGGUUUAAUAUAUUAGAAUCAAAUAAAUAAUAGCAGUGGAUAAGUUGGUUUUAUUUGGUAAAAAUUUGAGAACGAAAUUCAUUAUCGGGGUAAUUAUGGGGUUCCUUGACUGGGUUGAUUGACCGCUUGUGUUCGAUCUAGCGGCGGCGUGCGUACGGGAUGCGCGGGAAUUUGUUUAACCUAACUGGAUUCAAGCCCUGUUUCUAUCAUUAAGACUAUAAAGGCCUGACCAUUUUGCCCUAAAUGACGAUACAAGUUUAUUAUUUGAAAGUUGGAUCCAUCGCCCCAUUCUUGUGUUCAGCAUUUGUUCGCAUUUGACCCCGCUCGCCCGAGAGCCUGCACAUAUGCAUACAAACUGUUAUUUUUAAGUAUCGACAAUGGACUGUAGACCUAUCAUCACACUUUAAUUAAUUAAAAAGAACAGGAGGACUUGUUUGUGUUUUUUUUAUUAUUUUGAAAUGUACAAAAAUCAUGCUUUCUUUUUUUUUUCUUUUUCUAAAUAGAAUUAAGUUACGGAUUUGUAAAUGAAGCGAAACAGCACGUUUAUUAUAGACGGAACGCAAUAGCCACCCAGAGAAUCCGGCAAUCGUGAUUGGUAUUUAAAAUUAGUAUUUACUUACAGUUUAGUUUAAUGACAAAAACAAUGUGUAUAUUUUAUGAGAAAGUGAAAAGUUCUUAAAUAAAACUAUUGUUUUCGGAUUAAUGA